GCGCUACACUUUCCUCUGUCUUGUGGAGGGAGUUUGUUUUCAGCAGCAGCUACAGCUGCUCUUAAAAAUUCUGAUUUGUCAAAAGUGGCAGAAAUAUCUUUGUAAAUAAUAAGGAUGACGUCGAUAUUAAAGAACUGUUGGAAGUUGUCGCGAAGUUUGUCAGUCGCUACACCGAAAUGUUAUGGUCUCGCUGCCCCAUCGUCAAUAAGAUGCAACACUACGACGGCCGGCGAGAAAUCUGAGAAAACCGAGACUCGUCCAACCGUGCGCAAACCUAGUCACGUUGACGUCGACCGUUUAAUAAACUUUGGUCGCUAUAUCACCGAUUGUUUACCAAAGUACAUACAACAAGUACAGAUUACCGCUGGUGAUGAACUCGAGUUAAUGAUCUGCCCCGACGGCAUCAUUCCUACAAUCACAUUUCUCAAAGACCAUCAUAAUACACAAUUUGUCAAUUUGACAGAUAUCACAGCACUGGAUGUGCCCAGCAGACAAUACAGAUUUGAGUUGGUCUACAAUCUGCUGUCGUUGCGGUACAACUCGCGUAUCAGAGUCAAAACAUACACUGACGAGUUGACGCCAGUUGAUUCCAUCGACAGUGUAUUCAAAGCUGCUGACUGGUACGAGCGAGAAAUAUGGGACAUGUUUGGUGUGUUCUUCUCGAAUCACCCUGACCUUCGUAGGAUUCUUACGGAUUACGGCUUUGAGGGACAUCCAUUGAGGAAAGAUUUUCCACUUACUGGAUAUGUUGAGGUGCGUUAUGACGAUGAGCAGAAAAGAAUAGUGAUCGAGCCACUGGAGGUGACUCAAGAAUUCCGUAAAUUUGAACUGGCCGCCCCGUGGGAACAGUUCCCGAACUUCAGAAACGCUCCGCCGGCUGUUGAGACUGACUCGAAGGAAAAGUAAAUUUGUUUCGAGUAACCAUCUCUCGCGUAGAUUGUAAAUCACAAUCCGAUAAAAACCAAGUGUAAAGUAUAGUGAGGUAAAAAUAUAAAUUCACACGUAUUAAUGAAGUAUAAAAUGUUUUCUCUUGUUAAUCGUUUCUGAAUGUCCGAUUUGAGACAUUUGGUCUCUGGAAAAAAAAAAAAAAAAAAAAAAA